GUUUAUUAAUUUUUCAGGUCGUUUUGGCGCUGCUCAUUGGUUUCGGUGACGCACAUCACAGCAGCAGCGGCACCCCGUACCGUAGACUUUGAAUAUGGAAAAUCUUUGCCACUUCGGCAACUAACACAAAAAGUCUGCAUUUUUAUCUUUAUUUUCUUCCUCGCAGACAGAGGGAGCCAUAACAACAACAAUCUUCCAUCCUUUUUACCCUUCAUGGAAUCGCGUCCAUAACGCCACCUAUUUCAUUUCCGUUUCCCUUCUUUUCAUUGCCUUUUUUUUUUCCUCUCUUUCGCGCAAUUUUGAUCGAUGGGUCUCGUGUCGAAUCUGCGAGGCUCGAGAACGGAAGCAGCGCCACAACAAGAAGCAUUACCCGUUUCGGCGGUUUCCGGUGGCGCAGCGAAGAGGAAAUGGACCAAUCUAAUGCCGCUGGUCGUCGCCCUCGUCGUCGUUGCGGAGAUCGCGUUUCUCGGAAGGCUCGACAUGGCCAAGAACGCCGAGAUGGUUGACACCCUCGCUGUCUUCUUCUACCGCCCUCGCGCAGUGGUUGAAGGCGACGAUUUGGGGCUGGGUACGGUGGUUGGUGGCGGCGGCGGUGAUGGGAAUUCAGAAUCGGAGAGUUGUGAGGAGUGGUUGGAGAGGGAGGAUGCCGUGACUUAUUCAAGGGACUUUGCCGAAGAACCUGUUUUUGUUUCUGGAGCUGACCAGGAGUGGAAGUCGUGUUCGGUGGGAUGUAAAUUUGGGUUUAGUGGGGAUAAGAAACCUGAUGCUGCAUUUGGGUUACCUCAACCAGGUGGAACAGCUAGUGUUCUGCGAUCGAUGGAAUCAGCACAAUACUAUGCUGAGAACAAUCUUGCCAUGGCAAGACGGAGGGGAUAUAACAUUGUAAUGACAACCAGUCUAUCAUCUGAUGUUCCUGUUGGAUAUUUUUCAUGGGCUGAGUAUGAUAUCAUGGCACCAGUGCAGCCAAAAACUGAAGCUGCUCUUGCAGCUGCAUUCAUUUCCAAUUGUGGUGCUCGAAAUAUGCGGUUGCAGGCUCUUGAAGCCCUUGAAAAAUCAAACAUCAAGAUCGACUCUUAUGGUGGUUGUCAUAGGAACCGUGAUGGAAGAGUGGACAAAGUGGAAGCCUUGAAGCACUACAAAUUUAGCUUAGCAUUUGAAAAUUCUAACGAGGAAGAUUAUGUAACUGAAAAAUUCUUCCAAUCCCUUGUUGCUGGAACUAUCCCUGUGGUUGUUGGUGCUCCAAAUAUUCAGGAUUUUGCUCCUUCUCCUGGUUCAAUUUUACAUAUUAAAGAGAUAGAGGAUGUUGAGUCUGUUGCAAAGUCCAUGAGAUACCUAGCAGAAAAUCCUGAAGCGUAUAAUCAAUCGUUGAGGUGGAAGUAUGAGGGCCCAUCUGAUUCCUUCAAGGCCCUUGUGGAUAUGGCAGCUGUACAUUCUUCCUGCCGCCUUUGCAUUCACUUGGCCACAGUGAGUAGAGAGAAGGAAGAAAAUAGUCCAGGCUUCAACAAACGCCCUUGCAAGUGCACUAGAGGGCCAAAAACUGUGUAUCAUAUUUAUGUGAGAGAAAGGGGAAGGUUUGAGAUGGAAUCCAUUUACUUGAGGUCUAGCAAUUUAACUCUAGAGGCCUUGAAGUCUGCAGUUGUUUCAAAGUUCACAUCCCUGAAUCAUGUACCUAUAUGGAAGACAGAAAGACCUGAAGUUCUUAGAGGGGGCAAUGAUUUAAAACUCUACAAAAUAUACCCAGUUGGUUUGACACAAAGACAAGCACUUUAUUACUUCAGCUUCAAAGGGGAUGCGGAUUUCAGGAGUCACUUGGAAAGCCAUCCUUGUGCAAAGUUUGAAGCCAUUUUUGUGUAGCAUGUACUAAUGACCUCUCUGCUCUACAUGAAUAGCUUCUUUACUUAACUGAGCGGUAGAGUUUUAGGGGAAUGAGUAUAGCAAUGAAACUGGCAUGGCUUUAUUAAUGCCUAGCUUCUUGGCCAACUCAUUGAUGAUUUAUAUGCAGAAGAUAUCUUUUUUGUACAAGUGAAGUUCCAUAUUUAAUGCUUAGUUUUAGUUAUAGUGUUUUUAUCUGUUCAUCUAGAAAAGCCACACGCUGGACAAUUGGACAGCAUGACAGUUCUUGUAUACUGUGUGUGAAAAAACUGAAAAUUUAAAUGGAAGCACCAGAUGUUUUACUAAAGAAUA